UUUCUCAACCUAGCUUGCCGCGAUAGCCGCCAGCCUCUUCAGGUUUCCCUUCCACCAGCGGCGCUCUUUGUCUACUCCAAUCACUGGUCCUCGAGGAAAAUUUAUAGUCCUUCUCGGGCUUGCUGACUAUACACCAAUGGGAAACAAGGGAAAAGCUAGAGAAGAUGGAACUAAGGAUUCAGAAAACGAUCACAGCCCCAAUACUGUUUUCGUUUCUAACUUGCCGUACUCCUUCACCAAUGCACAGCUUGAAGAGGCAUUCAGUGAUGUGGGUCCAAUCAGGCGGUGCUUUAUGGUUACACAAAAGGGAUCAUCUGAGCACCGUGGUAUUGCCUUCGUUCACUUUGCUGUUACAGAGGAUGCGAACCGUGCAAUUGAACUGAAGAAUGCAGUGUCUAUUGGAGGUCGGAGUAUUGCUGUCAAACAUGCUCAACAUCGUGCUUCACUCGAACAGCGUCGGGCGAAGGCAACUCAAGUUGAUUCAGAUGGUAAAAAGGCCAAGAAUGUUAGUGAUUUGGAUGGGAACAAGGUAAAGGAUGUAGUUGAUGCAGAUGCUGAUGAGGUGAAGGACAAUAAAGGCACUGUUAUCUCUUCAGUGGACGUGAUUCCUUCAAAUUUAUUGGAAUCAGGAAAACCAAAGGAAACAAAGAAGUCAGUGAAAGUUUGGAAUGAACUCAAUGAUAAAGUGACUUGUUCUGAAAAGCAAAGGGUUGCAAGGACUGUGAUAUUUGGUGGUCUUGUUGAUGAUGCUAUGGCAGAAGAUAUUCAUGCUCUUGCCAAAACGGUUGGCACUGUUUGUUCUAUAACUUAUCCUCUUUCGCGGGAGGUUCUUGGGCAACAUAGUCUGACGCAAGAUGGAUGCAGGAUGAAUGCAUCUGCUGUUCUCUUUACUAGUGUUAAAGAAGCUCGCACUUGUGUGAGAAACCUACACCACAAACAGCUUAAAGGAGGGACUGUAUGGGCAAGGCAACUAGGUGGGGAGGGUUCUAAGGCUCAGAAAUGGAAAAUUAUUAUCCGGAAUCUGCCAUUCCAGGCAAAGGUGAACGAGAUAAAAGAAGUCUUUUCAUCAGCAGGCUUCGUCUGGGAUGUUUUUGUGCCCCAGAAUUCUGAUACUGGGUUGCCUAAGGGUUUUGCUUUUGUGAAGUUCACAUGCAAAAAGGACGCUGAAAAUGCCAUUCAAAAGUUUAAUGGAUACAAGUUUGGUAAAAGACCCAUAGCCGUUGACUGGGCUGUUCCAAAGAAAAUAUACAAUAGUGGUGCUAAUGCCUCUACAACCUCAAUAGGUGAACAGAAAAAUGAAAGAGAGAUUGACAGUGACAGCAAUAGUGAUUAUUCGGAUGAUGAUGAGGAUGAUGAUGGCGGUGUAAGUGGUGAUAGUCCACAGGAAACUGGUGACACUUCAAAUGAUGUGGAUUCACUCGAGAAACAAGACGUCUCCAGUGAAGCAAAUUUUGAAGAGGAAGCAGAAGUUGCAAGAAAAGUUCUCCAGAAUUUGAUUGCAUCUUCCUCUACUAAGGAUUCUGCAGAAGGAAAGGAUUCUGACAAUCGUUUGGCCGGAGACAAUGACAAUGAAUUAGGUAUUUCUUCUCCUGAAAAAGCUAGCAAAAGCAGACCACCAGUAAAGGCUCAACAAGCUGAUGGAGAAGAUGAUUUGGAGCGCACCGUAUUUAUAAGCAAUUUACCUUUUGAUGUGGGCAAUGAAGAAGUGAAACAACGAUUUUCUACAUUUGGAGAAGUGCUGUCAUUUUUUCCUGUUCUUCAUCCGGUCACCAAGAGGCCUAAAGGGACUGGCUUUCUCAAGUUCAAGACAGUGGAGGCAGCUACUGCUGCAAUUUCAGCUGCCAACGUUGCUUCUGGUCUUGGGAUUUCAUUGAAAGGGAGACAACUAACUGCCUUCAAGGCUUUGGAUAAGAAAUCAGCCCACGAUAAAGAAGUGUCUAAGACAAAAAUAGAGACUCAAGAUCAACGCAAUUUGUAUCUGGCCAAGGAAGGAUUGAUUCUCGAGGGGACUCCAGCAGCAGCAGGUGUGUCAGCUAGUGAUAUGGCUAAGCGCAAAAGUCUGCAGGAAAAGAAGACGAUUAAACUUAAAUCUCCCAAUUUCCAUGUGUCGAAGACGAGAUUAAUUAUUUACAAUGUACCCAAGACAAUGACUGAAAUGGCCCUGAAGAAACUUUGCAUAAAGGCAGUUAUCUCAAGAGCUACAAAACAAAAACCUGUAAUUAAACAGGUGAAAUUGUUGAAGAGAUUGAAGGAGGGGAAAGUUGUGAGCCAAUCUAGAGGAGUAGCCUUCUUGGAAUUUACAGAGCAUCAGCAUGCUCUGGUGGCCUUGAGGGUUCUCAAUAACAAUCCUGAAAGUUUUGGUGCGGAGCAUCGUCCCAUUGUGGAAUUUGCCCUCGACAAUGUUCAGACUCUGAAACUGCGAAAUACCAAGAUGCAAUUCCAAAAUCAGCAAAGCCAUGGUGGUGAUCCAGAGAAUGUGCAACAUAAUGGUGCAAUCCAGACAGAAGAUCCAAGUAGAGAAGAGAGGUUCAAGAACCGUGUAUCUCAGAGAAAACCUGUUAGUGCUUCCGGUGUAUCUUCUUUAAGAGAGCAAAGACCUUUCAAGAAGCACAAGAGCAAUCCAGGAAGUGAAGACAACAUAGAAGCAGAAGAAGCUGGUACAUCCAAAGGCAGCACCAAACUCAAAGCAAAGAAGGGCCCUAAACGGAAGGCAGCAGAGGAGGAAGGCAGGAAGACUUCUCUGGCAAAUUCAGAUAAAGGCGAUGUUACUGUGAAAGACGAGCUUAGGUCGAAACCUGGUAAUCGGAAAAGGCAGUGGGAGAAGCAGCAGCAGAAUGGGGAGGACAGUAGAGAGCAAAGGAAACGGCCGAAGAAGAACAAAGACCAUGCUGCGGGGAAGGGUGUAGCAGACAAGCUUGACAUGCUGAUUGAACAAUACAGGUCUAAGUUCUCCAGCAAGCAGAGCUCUGAGAAGGCUGCCGGUGAAAACCAGCAGAAGAGGCCUAGUAAACGGUGGUUUCAAUCUUAGUGCCUUUCUUGGUUAUGAGUUAUGACUUUCAAAUCUUUUUCUGUUCAGACUAUUUUAUGUUUAAGGUAAAAAAGUUUUGAGGCCCUCGGUUGUGUUGUAGAGAGCUUAGUUUGUACUUUGUAGUAGUUGCCCUCGAUUAUCAUCCACUUUCAUUCAAUAGUAAGAACGUGAAGUCGCCCGUUCUUGAGUUUUGUUUUUUCCAUCACUCGGUUAUACCUAUUAGAUAUGAACGCAUGCGUAUAUUAUACAUAACACAUAUGUUAGCCAUACAUAUAUGUAUGCAGUGACUGAUAAUGCAACUAUUAUAGAGCUGCAGAGUCAUUGAUACAUGAGC